AUGACAUAUAACUUUAAACCAAGUAUUCAGACCGCAUCAUUUGGUCCAUCAGUAUGGUUGGAAUUUUCGCCACUUUCAAUUAAAUAUAAAUCAAUUAAUUUAGGACAGGGUUUCCCAAAUUUUGAACCACCAGAAUUUGUUAAGAAGGCAAUGAUCGAAACUAUCGAAAAAGGCGGAUUUAACCAAUACACUAGAUCACCAGGUCAUUUAAGAUUAGUUAAUGCAUUAUCAAAAGUUUAUUCACCAUAUUUUAAUAGAGAAAUUAACCCAUUAACAGAGAUUAUGACAUCAGUCGGUGCAUCAGAAGCAUUAUUCGCAACUAUUAUGUCAGUUGUUAAUCCAGGUGAUGAAGUUAUUUUAAUUGAACCAUUUUUUGAUAUUUAUAUGGGCGCAAUUGCUAUGGCUGGUGGUAUCCCAAAAUACGUAUCACUUAAAGAAAAAGAAAGAGAUAAUAACAGCAGUGCUACUAGAUCAUCAAAAGAUUGGGUUAUCAAUACUGAUGAAUUAGAAAAUGCUUUCAGUGACAAAACCAAACUUUUAAUUUUAAAUAAUCCACACAACCCAGUUGGCAAGGUUUACAGCAAACAAGAAUUACAAGAGAUAGCAAAUGUAGUAAAGAAGCAUCCAAAUUGCACAGUUAUCAGCGACGAAGUUUAUGAAUGGAUGAUUUUCGAUGAUAAUGAACAUUUUAGAUUCGCAACAUUACCAGAUAUGUUUGAAAGAACCGUAACCAUUGGAUCUGCUGGUAAAACAUUUAGUAUUACUGGUUGGAAAGUUGGAUGGUGCAUUGGUCCAGAUAAUAUCAUCAAAGCAAUUGCCAAUACUCAUCAAUAUAUUCCAUUUAGUGUACCAACACCAACCCAAGAAGCCGUUGCUAUCGCUUUUGAAGAUAAAAACAUUAAAGACUACUUUAAAGAAUUAUCACAAAUGUAUCAAGCUAAAAGAGAUCUUUUAGUUAACUCACUUAGAGACGCAGGUUUAGAUCCAGUAGUACCAGAAGGAACCUAUUUCAUUAUGGGCGAUACAUCAUCCAUUAAUUUACAAGGUAGUCAAGGUAAAGAUACUUCAAUUACAGGCAUGGGUUUAAAUUUACGUGAUUGGAAUGUUAGUCGUUGGUUAACUACCGAAAUUGGUGUCACUACCAUCCCACCAUCUGCAUUUUAUUCUGAUGAAAAUGCAAAAUUAGCAGAAAAUUUCGUCCGUUUCACUUUUUGCAAAGAUGAUGAUUCUUUAAAGAAAGCUGGUGAACAAUUAUUAAAUAUAAAAUCAAAAUUAAAUAACUAA